AUGAACAAACUACCAUUCGAACUUCACGGUCGCAUCGUUCAAUUUGUAGGCAGAAGGAUAGGCGAGGAAUUCCUACCACCUUGGGACCAUGGCACUCUUCUCUUUGCGCUUCUAGCUAUCGCGGCUGUGCCGCAAAAAUUCCAUAUCUUGCCAAACUUCAUCGGGUCGGCUUCUUCUCCGGAUUCCAUCAGUCCUGCCCUCCGCAAGCUAACGAAGGAUUGCGCCGAGGUUUACAUCGAGGGCUCCAUCCACGCUUCGCUCUUCGACCCGCUCGCCGUCCUGGGUACCGCUCCGCACGAAGCGGCGCUGGCCUGGGAGAAAGUCACACGGCUGGAAGUGAGGGCAAGCAUGUGCGGUCCGGACGGGAAGUGGCUUUUCAAGAUCGAUCUAAAUGACAAGACCCCCGGGAACCCUCUCGAAGACCUCGGUUUCGACUGUCUAACCCCGGGCUACGGGACCACCAAGCUGGAGCUGGACGAGGCCGAGGAGUACUACGACUCGUAA